CUGCUUCAGAGCCGCGAGGUGAUUGGUGCAGAGAGCUGUCAACGGACAAGGAAUAGACGGGUACCCAAGACGGCAGGGUUGCGCGUGUGCCUUCCCAGGUCCUGGCAGCACCAUCCGGCGAGGGGGUGAGGACGCUGGCCGCCUGUUUUCUGGCUGCAAGGAACACUGGAUGUUUUUCUUUUGAUUUCUUCUUCACUGGAUGUAUACAUGCCCACGAUUUCGAGAGCAGGAACGCGGCACGCCGGUGAACGAGCGCAUCGCUAUCGAUGGGGAAAAUAAGUUGAAGGGCUUCGGAAGAAUGUUUUCCUUGUUCCAGGGAAACGGAUUGCUGUGUUGAUCAGCGUGAUGGGUGUUUCGAGAGGAUUUUGACAUUUGGAGAGGAUCUGGAGCAGCUAUCCAUCUACAGCUUAGGAGGGCUCGAGCGCAACAGAAAGCGGCAACAGAGCGCCAUACUGCAAAACAAGCUUCCCGGAUCGAUCCAGUGUAGCAGUCUUUUCGUGCGGGAGAAUUGCGCGUUUUAAUGUACAUGUAAACAAGUAAGCUGGCGAGCAAGUACCAAGUCAGCAGCAGCGGUGGCCUGAUUGAGAUCCGCGUAACUUCUGCAAACUGCAUGCAGCCCUGGCGGUGGAAACAGGGCUGGAAGAGCCCAAAAUGGCAAAUAUGAAGAAAUCCAAAAGAUGAAUGUUGCAUAUCCCCCGUAACUUGUACUGUUCGCCUAAUUUCCCUUCUUUCCGCGCAAGCCCGAGUUUCGAGCCGAAGCAAGGUGCUCCUCAUGCCUCCGACAUGAGGGAGAUUUAAGGCCGUGCGGAAUUGAUUUAUUAUGGGGGGAGCGCAUUCUUUUGAUUUAAUCCCUCUCUCCUUUUUUACUUUUCUUUUGUUUACCCUCCGCUUGAGGGUUCUUGGAUGUCCGCGCUUGUCAUUUUGCUAGUCUGAAACGUACAACGCGUAAAGAUUCUCCGAAGUAGGUCAGAUCAAAGCUGAAGAGUUGUUAGUAUGACACCUUUUCACUCUCGUCUUGAUGUAUGCCGGACAUUUAUGCUUUGAUUUUACCCGUCGUUUGGCUCUAUGACGGCCAAAUGAGAGUUUGACAUCUUGGCAGCCUCCCACUCCAUCUCGUUCGCCUCUUUGUUUUGUUUUUCCACCUCUCAUUUCGGGCUGUUGAGUGAGUGAAUGGCUCUGUGCGGAACCACGGCUUCCAAUGCCGCGAAAAUGAUGGCUGCGUACAACGGCGGCACCGCGGCAGUGGCAGCGCAUCACCCGCACCAUCACCACCAGCUGCCACAUCUCCCGCCACCCGCCCACCUCCACCACCAUCACCACGCUGGCCAGCAUCACCUCCAGCACCCCGGCUCGGCCGCCGCCGUGCACCCCGUACAGCAGCACGCUUCUACGGCCGCGGCCGCUGCUGCUGCGGCGGCGGCGGCGGUGAUGCUGAACCCGAGCCAGCAGCAGCCGUACUUCCCCUCGCCCGCUCCUGGACAAGCUCCGGGGCCGGCGGCCGCUGCAGCCCCAGCACAGGUGCAAGCCGCCGCCGCGGCCGCUGUAAAGGUGCACCAUCACCACCACCAACACUCGCAUCACUUACAACAACAGCUGGAUAUAGAGCCGGACAGACCGAUCGGAUACGGAGCUUUCGGCGUGGUUUGGUCGGUGACAGACCCCAGAGACGGCAAACGCGUGGCACUCAAAAAGAUGCCCAAUGUCUUCCAAAACCUGGUCUCGUGCAAGAGGGUUUUCCGUGAGCUGAAGAUGCUUUGUUUCUUCAAGCACGACAACGUGCUGUCAGCUCUGGAUAUUCUGCAGCCUCCACACAUCGACUACUUUGAGGAAAUUUAUGUGGUGACGGAGCUGAUGCAGAGCGACCUCCAUAAGAUCAUUGUAUCUCCACAACCUCUGAGCUCGGACCACGUCAAAGUCUUUCUCUACCAGAUCCUUCGUGGAUUGAAGUAUCUACACUCAGCCGGCAUUUUGCACAGAGACAUUAAACCUGGGAACCUGCUGGUCAACAGCAAUUGUGUGCUAAAGAUCUGUGACUUUGGCCUGGCGCGGGUGGAGGAGCUGGACGAGUCACGUCACAUGACCCAGGAGGUGGUGACGCAGUACUACAGAGCGCCGGAGAUCCUCAUGGGGAGCAGACAUUACUCCAACGCCAUCGACAUCUGGUCUGUGGGCUGCAUUUUUGCUGAGCUGCUCGGCCGACGCAUCCUUUUCCAGGCCCAGAGUCCCAUCCAACAGCUGGACCUGAUCACAGAUCUGCUAGGGACGCCAUCUCUGGAGGCCAUGAGGACGGCCUGUGAGGGGGCCAGAGCUCACAUUCUCAGAGGACCACACAAACAGCCCUCACUUCCAGUCCUAUAUACCCUGUCCAGUCAAGCAACCCAUGAGGCCGUUCACCUCCUCUGCAGGAUGUUGGUCUUCGACCCAUCGAAGCGAAUCUCUGCGAAGGAUGCCCUGGCACACCCGUAUCUGGAUGAGGGGCGUCUGCGAUACCACACCUGCAUGUGCAAAUGCUGCUACACCACGUCCUCCGGCCGCGUUUACACCAGUGACUUCGAACCCGUCACAAACCCCAAGUUUGACGAUGGAUUUGAGAAGAACCUGACGUCAGUUCGGCAGGUCAAAGAGAUCAUUCAUCAGUUCAUCCUGGAGCAGCAGAAAGGGAAUCGAGUACCGCUCUGUAUCAACCCUCAAUCCGCUGCCUUCAAAAGCUUUAUCAGCUCAACAGUAGCUCAGCCCUCUGAGAUGCCUCCAUCUCCUUUAGUUUGGGAGUAGCUGAGGACAACAGAGAAGAUGGCGUUGAUCACAGUGGCAGUGGACGUCCCUCCGGCGGCCUGUCCCGUCCCGCGCCCACCCUCGCCCCUCCGGACUACUGACCCCCAGGCAUCCCCAAACCUGCGUAGCAUUUCACUGGAGUCUAGGACUAGCCAAUGUUGCUGAUAUUUGUGUGUGUGUACUGUAAUACUUACUAAAUGGAGUUUUAUAGAGGCAACCACUGCUGAUGAGUUCAAGCGGGACAAGGGAAGGGUGGGCGUGGUCCUGGGGGGUCCGUUCGUUCAUACCCACUGCUCUGUAGUAGUAAACUGAAGGUUCGGAAAGCUCUCGAACCUGUACUUUCGGCAGAUAAAGUCGAUCCCUGUGGACUUGAAUGUAUUGAAGAGCAGGGCGGCAGAAUCUGUGCAGUAUCCCUGAAGGAAAACUCAUCACGACUAUGUGUGCGAGUAAUCAUGCUUUAUUUAUUCACGGAAACAAGAAGUGCAGUGCAUCAUGUAGUAUCGAAAAGAAGGCAAGUUUUUCUUAAGUCUGAAGUUUUUUCGCUCGCGAUAGCACCUUAGAAAGAAACAGGGCCGUGGUAUAGGGUGGGACAGGAAAUAUCCCUGACACACCAAGCCAAAUCUUGGUUUCCGGUCAACGUCUUGCCAUCCAUUGGUCAGUUAUGUUUUUCUAGAGUGGAGUUAGUCCGACCUGUUAGGGGACUUUCUGGCCAAUUGAGAAUGCUGAAGCGCAAUCUGUGCCAUCAGUGAGAGAGAAGACUCUGAUUGGCUGUUCAGUUUUGAAGAGGAGUCAUAGCUAAUUCAGGAGUCAUUAAUAAAAGCCAAAGUGAUGAAAAUGAACAAAGAAUUUAAAAAGGCACAGAGAGAAGGCUCUUAUAAGGUAUUUAGGUCAUCUUACCUAAUCACAGAUAUAUUUGUAAUGACAGAAAGAGUCUGGAAUGAGCAAAGUGAUCAUUACAUUGUUUAUAUUGAAAAUAUGGCACACAUUAUGUGCACUAUUUGACUACUAAUGGCACUUUAUAAUGCAGACUAUUGUCAGUGAAAGUCCACAAGACCGCAACGUGACCCAAUCUGUGGCAUUGCUAGGAGAUUAUAUGCACAGGUUUGGGCUCUGGGACCCUUUGCUAAAGAUUUCAGUCAUGGGACUUUACUGUUGUGGGCCUCUAGACCCUAUGCCCUCCAUUUCCCCCUACAUUCAGUACACUGCUGUUGGCAUCUAGCAUAUUUUUAGCUUUCAAAUAGCGACAAUUGUGGACAGCAAGAGUUUAGGAUGCCAACUGUUAUUGAGCCAUAGACUAUUGAAUCCUGCUGAUGUAUAGACAGUUAUUUCCUCUCACUCAGGCACAGAUCAAACCUGCUAUUAGGCCAUUGGUUGCAGUCUUUGUAGUGUUUUCACACACACUAACUCAAGGUGAAGCUAUUGCUGGCUUUUGCCAUCCUUAGUUUUCUGGUGUCACUUGGUGUGUCAGGUCCGUAUCAAGUUGUACUGGGCCUUGUAAAUUUUAGCAAUGGCGCUUACAAGAAGUUUAACCACUCAUUUUACUAGUUCGAGCUACUCAUUGUGUUUAUUUGCUUUAUUUUUUAUGUAAUAGAAGAGAUUCCUCCAUUUUCUCUUUUGUCCGUAGCCUUUUGUUAGAAAUCUGUAUUGAUUUUGUUUUCAUCUCAUGUUUAGUUUUUGCGAGUAAAAGAAAAAUCAGUAUACCAUAGCGCAGCACUUGGCAGAGGAACUGAUUCAAAGGCUUCUUUUAGUACUCCUGAAUGUGAAUGUGUUGUGUCAAUAUUUAGUGCUGCAGAUGGGUGACUGUAUGGCACAGUGUCUCUGAACAUUGGCCCAAUCCCAAACGGCACACUUCAUGUGAGCUUGUGGGCUUGCAGACAUUUAGUGACCGCCAUGUGCACUUGUCUGUGAAGUCCGCAAGACCGGAGGGUGUCCUAACCAUCGGUUUAGCUUACAGAAGGGGGCUCUGAGCACAUGCUAUGCGCAUUUCUGUCACACUUGCACUGAGGUGAGCUUCAAGCAGACCCGUGUGGUCUACCACAAGAUUUUAGAGUGCCAUUUGGGAUACUAUUGAUGCCUGCUGAUAUAGACAUGUAUUUCCUCUCACACUGAUUGGCCAUUGGCUGUAGUCUUUUGCAUUGUGUCAAAAUUAACCCCAAACUUGAGGGUGGCCACAGUCAGCUUUCAAUACUGCUAGUUAUCUGGCCACAGCUUGGUGUGUCAGGACCCUUAGGUCCACCCUUAUAUAAAUUUGUCCUGGGCCUUGUGAAUUUUAACAAUGUAAGAACUGUGACUACUCGUUCAGCCAGAGUAAGUUCUCAUUGUGUUUAUUAGCUUUGAUUUUGAAUGACUUUCUUCCGUUUUUGCUGUCAUCUGCGCUCUUCCUUUCUCUAUCUAUAUAUAUUUGUUCAUAUCUCACUUUCUGUCUCAUAUUCAACUUUUGUCAGUGAAAAAGAUCAGUAUUCCUUAGCGCAGCGUUCGGCAGUGAUACUGAUUGGUAGGCUUGUCUUAGUACUCCUGAAUGUGGUUGUGUUGUGUCAGUAUUUAGUACUUGGGAUGGGUAACUGAACAGCACAGCAACUCAGAAGCAAUGGCCCUAUCCCAAAUGGCACACUGCAUGUGCACUUGUGGUCUUGAGAACUGCCUGGUCUACAAGCUGGUGUCCAAGUCAUCAUUUUAGCUUUCAAUAGAGUGCUCAUAAACUGCUAUGCACCUUUUGUGAACUUCUGGUUACUACAGAACUUCUACCCAACAGUCAAGGCAGCAUUACAUCAAUAAAAUGUGGUCUCGGAGGAACGCCGUGUGCUAACAACACGUGACAUGACAAGAUUAAAGCGACAAGCAAUUGGUCUGUCCUCAUAGGACGCACCAUGACUGAAAAACUUAAAUACCAGAGCAAUUCAGAAACAUAUAGUAGUGCACUGCAUCCCAAUUAAAUGUUAAGGUUUAUAAUCUAAUUAAUACAUAUUACAUAUCUUUAACAUUAAUAAAAGUAUAAGCCGAGUGACUGAUGUUUGUUUAUAGUCACAGUUCUAACGUAAUUAGUUAACUUAUUUUAAAUAUUUGAGGUUAAUUAUCUGCUUAUGCUUUCAGUAUGGCUAUAAAUGGGAUGUAAAAUGGGAUUCAAAUUCACAUUGGUUGCAUUUAACACUGAACAAAGCACCUGAGGUGUUCAAUCUCAGUAGAUUAUGCUGUUGUUCAGCAGUGACAUCACUGAAAUAAAAACUUAAAUAGGAACUUUGCAGGUCGGUUAGGACAAAAACUCUUUUUAACAUGGAAAAGAUAGCUGUUAUUGUGUCACAAUGUUGCUUGUAGUUCGGACACAGAUGAAGACCUAAAGAGUUUAGGGUGUCAUUUGGGAAUGGGCCAUUGCGGAUCCAAAGCAUGCAAGGAGAAAUUGCUGUAUCUAAAUGGCAAAGGGCGAAGGAAGCUUUGUGUCCAGAAAUCUUACAGGUGCUUGUCUGUAACUGAGACUGAAAACACCCAACUAGCAUGUAGCGACAUUAGAAGGGAAGGUUUCUCAAAUGAGCUCUGCUUUCCUUGAUGAAGUAUAUAGAAUAGCAUGCAAACCAAAUUACAACAAACCUGCAAUUUGAUGAAAAAUAGGUUGAACUGUAGGUCAGCCAAAGCAUUCCAUAAUUGCAUUGGUAUAUUACCAAAGCUUGUCUAUGAAGACAAGCGGUGACCGCCAUUGUGAAUGCAUGUAUGGACCCCGUGCAUGUUUCUGACUGUGGCAUCACACUAGUAGUGUAUGUCUUUUUAAACUCCCCUUAAAAGUCUUGAAGGACAGGUGGCGAUGAUUUGAAAAGAGUGUGUGCCUGGGAAUGGCAAAUGUCUGGGAAAGCAACCGGGAGUAGUUUUCGCUCACUGUAUCAUGCUUAAAUUUCCCAUAAUGCUUUCCGCACUCUCUCAGACUAAAAGAAAACAAAUAUUUAAUAUAUUUUUAGAUAAUUAUUUUUAUUUCAUCCUCAAUGUGCUAUGGCAUGCUUUCCCAUGAUCCACUGAGUAUGGUAUGUAAAUAAGUGAGUAGCAGGUAGAUUUCAAUACAAACGAAAAAUCUACAAAAAAAAAGUGACGUAUAAAAACUCGCCAAACAACAACAAAAAAAAUGUAAUACUGCUGUAUAGAAGUUGAAUUAGCCUGCACAUUUUUUAGGGCUGUGAAAUUUGAUUUUAUUUUUGAGACUUGCAUAUAAAUGUACAUAUAUUUUUGUUUCCUCUUUUCUUCUUUUUAUUUCCCCCCUGCACAAGAGAGUGUAGACAAAGGAAUAAUCCAAAACAGUAUAAGUACAAAAACCAACAAAAAACACAUAACCAAUUAUGUUAAUUGUGUCUUGUGUGCUGCAGAGCUGUGGAUAUAAGUAUUGAAGUAGAGCCCUUUUUUCAUUAUUAUUAUGAUUAAUAUUAUGAUUAAUUUCCUUUAAAGAAACACUGAACUGUUUGUGUAUAUGUAUAUAAUGGAUUCACAUUGUUGGUCUCUACCUCUUGAGCUCAAUGACUUGGUUGUUUACCUCCACGCUUUUAUUUUUAUGUGGAGAUUUAAAACUUGAAUGUCCCUUCCGACUUUUAUAUUCCUCUCAAACCCUGUAUAAAGAAAUCAGUCAUUCAAUUGCGAUUGGUUGGAGGUGGUUCCCAUCAUCAUAUCCUUGUACAAAGUACCAUGUUUUCACCCCAGUGUUCUCUGACUGUUAGAUCCCAUACAGACAACCCACGAUGAUUAACAUGGUAUCCUUCACCAAGAGACGUCAGAUGAGAUAGGCUUAUAAAAUAAGUGGCAAAGGAGGUAAAAAGCAGUCGUACCUAAGAUAAUUCAAACCGAUUGGAGCCUGUGAAAAGAGACAAACAAUUGGGCCAAAUGAAGAAGGUACUGCACUUGCUCUUGAGUUUUUAUAAGGAAGUUUAUACUCAGAGUUAAUGGUAUUUCAAUACAUUUUAUGACAUAUAUGGCUAUAAUAUAAUUCGCAUUCGAUGCCCUGAAAGCAGAGGUGAUUGUUAGGGACCGGAAGAACUCUGUGGAUUUGUUCUGUGUUUUGAAUCACCGGUCUCUUUUCAGAGUGUAGAUUUGAAGUACAGUGGUGAAGCUCAUUAAAUGUUGACAUUUAAAAACUG